AUGGCAGCCCCGGCGAACGAGAUUACAUUGACGGGAUGGACAACUCGGGAUGUCCGAUUCCCAACCUCGCUGGACAAGACCGGAUCGGAUGCCAUGAACGCAGCUGGAGAUUAUUCAGCUGCAUACUGCAUUCUGGAAACGGAUUCUGAAUACCGCGGUCAUGGAAUGACUUUCACCAUUGGUCGUGGUAAUGAUAUUGUUUGCCGCGCCAUCGACCAUGUUGCAGACAGGAUCAAGGGGAGAACACUGUCUUCGCUAGUUGCCGACUGGGGCAAGACAUGGCGCCAUCUCGUCAACGACAGCCAGCUUCGAUGGAUUGGCCCAGAAAAGGGCGUUAUCCAUCUCGCCCUUGGUGCCGUCGUCAACGCCGUCUGGGACCUCUGGGCCAAGGUCUUGGAGAAGCCUGUAUGGCGGAUCGUGGCGGACAUGACCCCCGAGGAAUUCGUACGCUGCAUCGAUUUUCGGUACAUUACCGAUGCAAUCACUCCCGAAGAGGCCAUCGACCUCCUACGAGAGUCCGAGGCGGGCAAGGCGCAGAGGUUGGAGGAUGCUCUGAAUAACCGUGCCGUGCCGGCCUACACGACGAGCGCCGGCUGGCUUGGAUACGACGAGGAGAAGAUGAAGGCCUUGCUCCGUGAGACGUUAGAAAACGGCUACAAGUACUUCAAGGUGAAGGUUGGUGGCAGCGUGGAGGAGGACCGAAGGCGACUAGCCAUUACGCGAGAGAUACUGGGCUUUGACAAGGGAAAUGUGUUGAUGGUCGACGCCAACCAGGUCUGGUCUGUGCCGGAGGCCAUCGAGUACAUGAAGCAGUUGGCUGACUUCAAGCCAUGGUUUAUCGAGGAACCCACCUCGCCAGAUGACAUUGCUGGCCAUAAAGCUGUGAGAGACGCGCUCCGUCCCUAUGGCAUCGGCGUCGCCACAGGCGAGAUGUGCCAGAAUAGGGUCAUCUUCAAGCAGCUCAUAGUAACAGGCGCCAUUGAUGUUUGCCAGAUCGACGCCUGCCGGCUUGGAGGCGUCAACGAGGUUCUUGCCGUCCUGUUGAUGGCGAAGAAAUAUGGUGUGCCCGUGGUGCCUCACUCAGGGGGUGUCGGGCUCCCAGAAUACACGCAGCAUCUGAGCACGAUCGACUAUGUGGUGGUAAGCGGGAAGCUCUCGGUUCUCGAAUUCGUCGACCAUUUGCACGAACAUUUCUUGCAUCCGGCCGUCAUCAAAGAUGGCUACUAUCAGACCCCGACGGAGCCCGGAUACAGCGUCGAGAUGAAGGCGGAUAGCAUGGAUCGUUACGAGUACCCCGGGACUGAUGGAGUGAGCUGGUGGAAGACAGAGGAAGCGAAGGUCAUCCUCGAAGGCGAGAAGAUUUAG